AUGUCGCGUGCCGACAUUUCCGGCAAUUUCAGCUUCGCUGAUCGCUCCGGCGGCCGAUUCGCGGAACUCACUGUAGUCGCCUGUUUCAUUGGAAUUGCCUGGUAUAAUGCCUUGGAAUUGAUUGUUCUGUGCUUCACCACCUUCACGAGAUAUGGCGGGUGCUAUUUUUGGUGUCUCCUCAUCGCCUCCUUCAGUAUCAUCCCUUUCGGUCUCGGGUAUCUCCUCGUCAUCUUCAACAUAUACACCAACACAUUCCCCAUAGCGAUGGAGCUAGUCGCUUGGGUCGGGAUGGUAACGGGCCAGUCCCUAGUCCUCUGGUCUCGAUUGCAUCUUGUCUGUCACAGCCGAACCGUCCUUCGCGCCACUCUCGCCAUGAUCAUCGUCGACGCGAUCAUCCUACAUAUUCCCGGAUCCGUCCUCGAACUUGGCAGCCAUUCGAACAAAUCCUCCAUCUUCACCACCGGGUUCAACAUCUUCGAGCGCAUCCAAUUGAUCGGAUUCUCCAUACAAGAAAUCAUCCUCUCCGCCAUCUACUCUUGGGAAGCUGUGCGACUACUGAAUCUCCGCCCAAGAGGUCGUUACCGAGGCACCUUGGUCCAACUCCUGAUCGUGAACGUAGUCAUGAUCAUGAUGGACGCCGCCAUUAUCGGAGUACAGUACUCGGGCUUCUUCGACAUCCAUGUCGCCCUCAAGGCAAUGGUCUACAGCGUGAAGCUCAAGCUGGAAUACGCGAUCCUAGGCAAAUUGGUGGGUAUCACUGAGAACGGCGGCAGCAACUCGGCCCCGACCGACCUGUCGGACUUCGUGGAUCUUUCAUUUCAUAAUAAUAGCACACCGCAGCCAGAUAGCGACAGGCACAUGGAGAAUCCCGAGUACGGUGCCCACACUCGUAUGCGAUCGUCCUCCAAGGGCUCGUCCACGGACCCGCUAAGAGAGAAUCUCUCCGCUGCCCAGACUCCGAUUUCGAGUAACCCGGACCCCUGA